AUGGCUGUCAGUCAACAACCUCAGGUGGAUCCGCACAAGGACCCAGAAACUUGCGUCGUUGACCAUGUCGACGAUCAAGAAGACCUGAAACCCGUUGAUGAGAGAAGACAACCUGACAAGUUCGGAUCUGUCGACAAGGUCGAUCCCAAAGAAAUUGCUCUUGUGAAGAAGCUCGAUUUGUACCUCAUGAACUUCCUAGACCGAAACGCCAUCGUCAACGGAAAGCUUAAUAAUCUUGAUAAGGAUCUCAAUAUGGUCGGUUCUCAAUACAACACAUGCGUCAGCAUCUUCUUCGUGGGAUACAUCACCGGGCAGAUUCCCUCCAACAUGCUCGUCACCCGCGUUGAGCCCGCCUGGUAUAUUUCGGGGUGGAUGAUGGCCUGGGCCGUUGUGUCGACUCUCAUUUGCAUUGUCAAAGACUACCAUGGCAUGCUGGCUUGCAGACUCAUCCUUGGGAUCACCGAAGCGCCCUUCUAUUCCGGGGCUUGCUACAUGCGACAACUAGCCCAUGACCGCGUCGCUAAAGACACCACAGAAAAGCGUCAGGCGACAAGCACAUGGUCCGGUCUGUGGGAAGCCGCUGCAGACUAUCGCACUUGGGUAUUUGCUCUUAUGGGAAAUCUCCAUCUAUCCGCCAACGGCUUCAAGAAUUACAUGCCGACGGCGGUCAAGUCUCUCGGCUUCAAUACAACCAUCACGCUCGUACUCACAUGCCCGCCCUACCUGAUCGCCGGUGCAGCAUCUGUGUUGGUGUCCUGGUCUUCUGGGAGAUACAACGAGCGAACUUGGCAUAUUACCGUUUCCAAUAUAGUGGCGAGCAUCGGCUUUGCCGUCACGACGAGCACGAUGAACAUUGGUGCACGGUACUUUGCCAUGGUCCUGUUUGUUGGUGCCACGUACGGCGUGAACAACAUUAACGUCGCAUGGACGGCCGCUACUGUUGGCCAAACGGACGAGAAGAAGGCGGCUGCGAUUGCGAUGGUCAAUACACUAGGCAACCUGUCAUUCGUAUACACACCCUAUCUCUGGCCCGACAGCGACAGCCCGCUUUUUAGGAAGGCAAUGAUUGCGAGCAUUGGCUUUUCGAUGGGCGUCGUAAUGACGGCGUGGCUGAUGAAAUCCAUCUUGGUACGAAUGAACAGACAAAUAAGAACUACGCAGGAGGAGGCCACGAACUUCUACGCCUACUAG